AAAGGGGCCAUACCAAUGGAAGGCCUGACCACAUCAAGGAGAGAUUUUGGGCCUCACAAAGUAUUACCUGUGAAGUUUCAGCAGCCCAAUCCCUUCAUCCCAAGUGAAGAGAAUAUGGACCUGCUCACGACAUAUAGACAAGAUUACAACCCUUACCUUGUCAAUCGAGUGGAUCCCAUCAAACCUCGGGACAAUAAAUAUCCAUGUGUUGACAAGAUGGAGAAUCUGCCUACUUAUAAAGCUGAUUAUAUACCCUGGAACCAACCAAGACGAGAAUUGCUUCGACCAGAAUACCAUUAUCGGCCAUCAUCAACUAAGUUUGAUAACAGAACUUUACAUCAGGAUGAGUACUCCAUGAAGGGUCUGGUAAAUACUGUGAGCUUCAAGCCUCCUCCUGCACUUAAGCUCUGUAACAUCCCCCUGGAGGAUCUGACUAACUACAAGAUGAACUACGUGGCUCAUCCCUUGGAAAAGCGCUUCAUGCAUGAGCCAGAAAAGUUCAGACCCAGUGAAAUACCCUUUGAGAACCUCACCACUCACAGAGAUUGCUUUCGGGGCCUCAUGGGGGAGCCAGCAAAGAGUUUGAAACCUCCUGGUCGGCCCAGUGGACUGGCUGUACCUUUCUCUAACACCACUGAAUUUCGAGAUAAGUUUCAGGCUUGGCCAACAACCCAGAUCUCUGUCAAAGCUCCAGCCAACUAUGUCCCUCCUGAAGAAAAAAUGGACUUUUUGACAACAGUUCAGGCCCAUUAUACAUUCCCUAAGGGUGCUCCAGCUCAGUCUUGCCGACCAGUACUCUCCGUCAUGAAGAGUGACCAAUUUGAAAGUUCCACUACCACCAAGGAAGAUUACAAACCAUGGGUCACCAAGCGUCCAGAGCCCAUCAAGCCCAUUCCUCAUAUGAAUGUUCCCAAUGAACCCAUGGAUAGUUUGACCACCUCACGGGCCCACUAUGUGCCUCACCCACUUAUUUGCACUAAAAGCUGUAGGCCUACAUGGCGUGACCCCAAAGUUAAUAUCCCUCUGGAGGGAAAGACCACAUAUACUACCAGCUUCACCCCUAAGGAAAUAUAUAGGUGCUUGGCUUCAUACCCUGAGCCUCCUGGCUACAUCUUUGAGGAAAUAGAUCCUUCAGGACAUAGGCUGUAUAGGUCUAUUUCCAGGCCUUCCUCUCGGCGGAACAGUUAUCUUUUGGAAGGUGAUUCAAAAAACCCCAAUCAGCAGGAGUUGGCAGUGUCAACCUGA